AUGGCGGAGUCGCUGAGACAUGGGGAUGCCAUGUUCGGUGUGACUCAUGGUGGGAGCCUUCGCGGUGAGAAUGAUUUGGAACAGCAAGCAGCACAGACCGCCAGCGCGCCAGACACUUGCACAAUCUUCAAUGAUCUCACAGUGGCAGUUGAAAUCAAGUUAAGGCGAGGGAGCGGCUGGCAGCCGCUUUACCCCGAAUCAAAACUUGACGUGCCUGGAGACAAUGAUGACGUGUCGGUUCGAUUACGAGAUGCCGCUGGAGUUUGCGGCAGCUGCAAGGCAAUGAGUGGCGUCCAACUGGUGCUGUCUGAUGGCUUUGGAGACUUUGGUGCAAAAGCUACAGGAUACGCGCUACAUGAAGAAGCCGCGGCUGCAGAGGAAAAGUGUCAGCGGGAGAAGCGGCAAAAAGAAAUCGAGACGAACUUGAGUGCAGAAGUGACCAGAGCGACUCUUUGGAGACAAAAAUUGGCCAUCAUCAGCAUCUCGACCUUCAUCUCCGUCAGCCUGGGCGUCAUGUGCUUAUGCGCCGCGGCUUCUUACCUUCGCAAGACCGAACUGCAAGGCGUUGGCCUCGCUGUGGGGCUGAUGGUGCUGUGGUGCUGUGCCGCCGGCGGAGUCGGUUUACUCACAGACGCAGAACCCAACCGCCACGAUGCCUUGGAGCUGCAAGACCAGGUCCGGGCGGCGCGGCCGGAGCUCCAGGGCUAUGAGGAACGCGGGGUCCUGGCCAACCAAAAAGAUUUCAUUAGGUGGCUUGGCUGCUUCUUGAUCGUUCUCUUGGUCUCCGGUUGCAGCUUCAUGGCCAUGUUCGGAACCAGUUUGCGGGACGAGCACAGCAAGACCAUCGUCGUGCUGUGGGGGGGGACGAUUCUACUGCACUUCAUCGGUGGCAUCAUCUAUUGCAUCUCGGAAAAGCCCAAGGACUGCAUGGCGGCAGCAGGUCAUUGUUUGGUCGGCAUUUUUCUUUGUCCCUUCACUUGGAUAGAAAUGCUCCUGAACAUAUGUGGCGUGAAGAAGCCUACGCAGUUCAUGCUUCAUCCUCGGAAAAAGUCGUUGGAUGCAGCUGUCCACGCCACCCACGAACGCACCAUUGUGUUCGAAGGGAAUGUGCUCCCAGACCGGGACACUGUUUGCUCCUGGCCCGGGAAGUAUGCGUCCGCCUGGGCUGAGCUGGUGGCCGGUGCCCGCCAAAACGACAUCAGUGCUGCAGUAGUGUUUCUGCCCGAAGGCUCCCAGCACUUCGGGCUGCAUGAUCCAAUUCCUGCGAAAGAGGAGUUGCAGGAUCUGCACGGCGAGUGCUGGUGCACUCCACUUUAUGGGGAACAGAAGCCGUGGGGCUGCCGUUGGUGGUCGAAAUGGAUCGCCAACAUUGAACUGGCAGUCAAACAAAACGCCACCCUUGAGGUGUAUUACUUCAAUGGGAAGAUGGGUUUAGGCAAAGUGAAGGAUUUCACGACAGCCGGAGCAGAACAUCUACGCCGUGAAGAGAUCUUCCGCCGAAAAACUGUUUUCAAGAAGUCCGAAGAUUUCCGGAGUGCCUUUGAGGCUGGCCUCAGACACCUGUCCAAGGAGGAAGGCCCGGAUUCUUCUUCCCCAUUUUCUCGGGAGGAACACCGUCGUUUUUUGGCUUGGCUUCCGGAGGAAGAGCGGCAGAUUCUGGAGGAGUCAGAAGGCUUAGGCAAUUCGCAAAAAGCGGAAGUAGCUUGGCUGCAACGGCAGGGUUUUCCAUAUGUCGAGAAAGAGGUGAGCCAACUUGGCGGCUCAUCACCCAUGGCGACAGGGUGA